AUGGAUGUCCCUGAUGACUGGCAGAUCGGUCAAGCACAUGUUGCCUGGGAUGAUCUGCGUAAUCAAAACAGCCAUCUACCUCAACAUAAUGCUCAAACCGCACAACAAAGUGAACCCCAACCGCAGUCUCAGUCUCAAUAUCAAUAUCAAGAUCAAGAUCUUGACAUAGAUUUCGACACGGCCUUCGAACAACUAUCACCCAAACCAGCUCCUUUAUCAAGCUGGACGGGUCCUUACUUCAACAAAGCAACCAAUUUCUACAGUAGCCAUGUGUCAAACCUUCUGCCAGAAAAGGAUGUCGAACAGACUCGGCUGUUUGAACUCUAUCGACUACACAUGGUGUCCUUUGAACUCAAUCAGGGGGACACUCUUGUUUUCAUCGACUAUCCUGUCCAUCAUAAAGGCGUUCUCGACUAUACCGACUGCAAUGGCAUAGUCUAUAAGUCACAGAAGUUCCAAGUUCACUCGAGCAAGCUGCUCGAGACUGGUUCUCCCAAAUUCGCUGAACUUCUUGGCCCUACAUAUCAAUUCAAAAUCCAACGUCGUCGGAAGAUGGUCAACAAACUACCCGACGGUAUCAAGUAUUUGCUUGAUCUGACUCCACCCUCGGAAGGAGAUGAAUUGUGCAACAGGCAACCGAAAGACCCAGAAAACAACGAAGGUGUGGAUGCCCAUGCCGAGCAAGACAGCGCAACUCCCAUUGAGGGGAAUGCACCCACCGGUUACAGGUUGAAACAGCUAAAGCUUGACCCAGAGCGUGCUCUACAGAUGAAAGCCACGAAUGAAGGGGCUUACGAGACACCUCUAUAUCGACAUAUUCCUGAUUAUUGUCCAAUUCGUCACCGAAACGGCAUCGUGAGGCUGCUCAUGUUGAUUGAAGGCAAAGGAUGUAUCCUGGAUUCAGCUCCGAGACUAUUCACUAUUUUGAAGUUGAGUUGCCUCUUUGAAUGUAGCUCCAUUCUUACCGAUCGUGUUACUCAAUGGAUAAUGCACGGCCAGAACACUGCUUUCAUCGAGGUCUUGCCCGAGGAAGCCUUGCAAAUUGGGUCUCUGCUCAAGAUUCCUCCUGUCAUGGACUCUGCUUUCAGAAUCCUCGUCAACGAGCUUGCUCUCAAAUUGGCCGCCGAUCCAACAAAACACAAUUCCCACAGUCAGACGACGAUAUUUGGGAGGCGACUAGGCCAACUCCCCGAUGAACUCAGUAAUAUUGUGCAACAUGCAGCACAGGCGCUCAUCGACAGAGUAUCAGAAAUCAAUGCGACCUACAGAAACCCAGAUCUCUUCAGUUCAUGGGACAUAGACGAGUGGGCCAAGCUGCAAGUAACUGAACAGCUCCUCGAACAGGAAAACACGCACCUUGGUCGAAUUGCUUUGGGAAAGCUUCGUCUUCUCAAGAGUGCCCUGACCCGCGAGUUCACGCACGCAUGGGAAGACGCGAUAGACUCACCACCAGUGGAUGGCUUUGCAACAUACAACGACAUAGAUCGAGACCGCCUGACAUACGUGGAACCCAUGGAUUUUGACAAGAUGACUUUCAUCAUGAUGGAUUUUAAUCCAAUUCAGAUGCUACUCUGUGCUGUGCCCUACAACGAUCUCGGUGUUGAACUGGAUAAUCGAAGAUGGAACAAUAGUAGGUGUAAACUGGAUGGAUACAUGCAUAAAUCAUACACCGAUCUAGUUCGAGAGGCAACAACUGCGCUCGACGACUUUCUUGAGUGUACGCCGAGGUUAUUCAACAAUCUGUUGUGGAGUCGUAUUCUUGCACUCGGAGACCGCGACUUCCCAGAAAUGGGCAUGCGUUCCUCGUACAGGCCCAUUGUAUCACUAAGUGCCCUCGAAGCUGCUGUGAAAGAUCGACUGCGGCCACUGACUCUUUCGUGGAGACGAGAAAAUUUCGAGCCUCCUCUCAACCUGACCCGCCAUUUACUCCUCACACUCACCGAAAACGAACUCAAAUACCUUCCUCUUUGGUGUGGAGGUAAUGAUGACGGAAGCGGAGGCGUCUUUGGGGAUGCAAUUCCCUCAGCGGACUUGCUGGUGGCACCUAAUGGCCCAGGUCCUGGUUUCCAUACAGGUCACACAAUUUCAACCCCUUCGAGUGUCUGUGGUUCCAUCAUUGACGACAUGGAUGCGCUACGAGUCUGGGGCAGUACGUCCGGUGCUUCGAUGACUCAAGACAGACUCAUCGCGUCGGAGUCGUCUUUUACCCUUGGCGAGUCUGAUGUUGAGUUCACAAACGCCAGGUACGCCAUGCCCGCGGACCAUCAGACAAUGGGCGAAGCGGUCAACAUGACAGUCGAAACAACAGACUCCGAGUCAGCAUCCGUUACCGAAGCCUGGAGCUCAAACAUAGAUGACAGUGAUGAUGAUGCUUGCAUGUGGGACUCUGAUGAUAGUGAUAAUACUAUUGUCUGA